CGGCGGGCCGCCCACAGGGUAGCUAUCCCGGCGGGCCGCGCGCGGCGGUGUUUGAAUGGCUGUGAGUGGGGCCCGGCUGGGGAUCCGAAAGAAGCUCCUAGCUGCCAGGCGCGGUUCAUCAGCACAGUGGCCGGGCUCAGGCGCUGCGGUACCAUGAGGCGCCGGCACUUAAGAGAUUAUGGCAUUUGAUACUCACCAUGUUAAAAAACGGAACUUCUCUAAUAGUAUUGAUCUUCCUAGAAAGAGGAUCUCUAAUUUUACCAGUAAGAACAUGAAGGAGGUUAAGAUAUCUCCAAAACAGUUGGCUGCGUACAUAAGUAGAACAGUUGGACAAGCAGUGAAAAGCCCAGAUAAGCUGCGCAAGGUACUCUACCACAGAAAGUUAGUUCGUCAUUCAUUCCCAAAUCCUUGUUACAAAACUAAGCAGUCCCCUAGAAGUGGGGGCUGUGACAUGGCAAAUAAAGAAAAUGAACUGGCUUGUGCAGGCCAUCUACCUGAAAAUUUACACCAUGACAGUCGGACAUUUGUCAUUAACACCAGUGAUUCUGGGUCUUCACAGACAGAAAACCCAUCAUCAAAAUAUAGUGGUUUCUUUUCUGAGGUUUCUCAGGACCAUGAGACAAUGGCCCAAGUUCUAUUCAGCAGGAAUUUGAGAUUGAAUGUAGCUUUGACUUUCUGGAGAAAGAGAAGUGUUAGUGAACUUGUAGCUUAUUUAGUGAGGAUAGAAGACCUUGGAGUUGUGGUAGAUUGCCUUCCUGUUCUAACCAAUAGUUUACAGGAAGAAAAGCAAUGUAUCUCUCUUGGCUGCUGUGUAGACUUAUUUCCUCUAGUAAAGUCUUUACUUCAAAGCAGAUUUGAAGAAUAUGUAAUUGUUGGCUUAAACUGGCUUCAAGCAGUAAUAAAAAGGUGGUGGUCAGAACUCUCAUCUAAAUCAGAAAUUAUAAGUGAUGGAAAUAUUAAGAUUUUAAAGCAACAGUUGAAUGGAUUAUGGGAACAGGAAAACCAUCUUACUUUGGUUCCAGGAUAUACUGGUAAUAUAGCUAAGGUAAUCUAUAUUUGUAAUUUAAGAGUGAUACAUGAAUUUAAUAUUGAUCUAUAUUGAUACGCUUAUCUCUUACAGGAAAAAGGCACAUUGCUAGUUGGGAUUUUAAUAUUUAAACUUUUAGAGGUCAUUGAUAGUUGAUGAUUGCAGAAAGAAUUGGUGGUAAGAAGUAUUUCCACCUUACUGCUGGGCGUUUGCUGUCUGAGUAGUUAUUUGCUGGGAAAUAAAGACAUUGUAUGGUUUAAGGAAAUGUUAACGUCACUGGCUCAUGAGGUUUUCUUGGACAUCUAUGUAAAAAGAAACACAUGAGAUUGAGCAUUAACUACAUCACUAUGUGAUUGUACACACAUUUCCCUGACCUCUACCCCAUCCCAUUUCCCCCUCCCUACCUGACCUCUUUGUCUUUGUUUUUGCUGAGACAGUUUUACUCUGGAGCCCUGACUGGCCUGGAAUUUGCUAUGUAGGCUAGGCUGACCUCAAAGUCACAGAAAUCUGCCUGCCUUUGCCUCCCAAGUUCUGGGAUUAAAGCCUUAUAAACAGUUCUGUUUUUCUGAAGUUGUUUUGUGCUUACAGUUUUAAAGUAUAUAUAACACAUUACUGUGAAGACUUUAGUAGAGCUCAAAGCAUUGUUUGCCUAACAUUUUUUUUUUUUUUUAAUGUUACUGAGACAGGUCUGUAUAGUUAGGGCUAUCCGUACGUUACUGUGAAGCCCAUACUGGUGCUAAGAUCACCAUUCUCUUGCCUCAACUCCCAAGUGCCGAGAUCAGAGGAGUGUGCUGCCUGACUGGUUAACUUAAAUUGUCUUUUAACUAUUCCUCAUACAAUCGCAAAUGCAUUUGUAAAUUUACAAUGGCUCAAUGUCCCUUGAGAACAUUCUUUUAGUAUCAAAACUUGAUGUUAAAGAAAUCGGGGGAAAGACAAAUGUGUUCUUAACAAAAUAAAACAGAAGAAGCAUUCAUAUUACUUUAUAAUCCUCAUUUCUGCAACCGGUUAUGUGGCCUUAGCUGGUAUUUAUAACUCCCUUCCUCUACUACACAUUCUGUAUCUCCUCCACUCUCUGUAAGCACCUCAGCAGGACUUGGCUCUUUUCCUGGAGGAGUGGCCCAUACCUUCAUUCCUAAUGGGUCUGCAUCCUUGGCCAUCCUGCUUGGAUUAGCCUGUUGCAGUUUCCCAUUGACUUUAAUCAUAGGACAUGGUAGUACCAAGAGAUGGCCUAAGGGAUCUCCUUCACUCCAGAAAUAAUCCUUCUCACCUCCAUUGUGGAGAGGCAAUCCAAUUUCCCCAUGGUAAUCCAGAUUUAUCACCCCUCCUAACACUGCUAUUCCUUUCUUAGCCUGUAGGCUAAGAAAUGACCAGGGGGGAGUCUGAGCUUCCAGUUCAAUGGAAUGUUUGUUGUGGCUCCUGGUAGGAGCACUCCCCGCUCUAGAACCAAAACUUCUAGGCCAGCAGAACCUAGAGUUGUGGGGACAAGAAGCAAAAAUUUUCCUAGAGGAUCAAGGAUAGUCAAGUUGACAACCAGGAAUAGCUACUACAAUAGGUUAAAUAAAACUUAUUAAAGUAUUCAAUGUUUGGAAAAAAAAAAAGGAAAAGCUUUCUUAUAAACAUAGCCUUAAGAUACUAUAGUGAUAAUUAAAAUUGUCAAGUAACUAAAGUUUCAAUGUGAAGUCUAUAGUAACAUUUUUACUAUAUCAGCCCUCAAAUAUGUUGCUUUAAAAGUAAAUGUUUUCAGGGAGCAAUGAGCAAAAUGUAAAGUGAAUAAGAAAAAAAAACAUCGAAAGCUAUACAUCAUAAACAAUUAAAAAUAAAUGUUUUCUUUGACACAUUCAUGUGCAUAGUGCACUCUGGUCAUACUGAUCUUAUCCUCCCACUACCUUCAGUCACCCUUCCUCUCCCAAGUUCCCAUUCCACUUUUGUAUCUUUUUGAUUCUUGUUUCUUGAGAUAGGUUUCUCUUAUAUAGUCUUGGCUGUGCAGGAACUCGCUCUGUAGUUCCUUGAACUCACAAAGAUCUGCCUGUCUCAGCCUUCCAAGUGCUGGGAUUAAAGGCAGGUGUCACCAUUGCCCAGCUUACUUUUAUAUCUUCUUGCCUUGUUUUUGUUUUUGUUUUAUGAGCUAUCCACUGGGGCAUAAGUAAGCGGCUGUGGCACUAAAAACAAUGGCUUCCUCUCCCACAGCAGUCAGUCCCUGACUACUCCACUACACCAUUUGUUUUUCUCCAGGUUAAAAAUCAGAGCAGAUGAUUUUAGAGUGGGGAGUGGAUCUGGAGAGGACAUCUCAAGGUCUCCUUCUUACAGGGGACCUGGCCUCUCUUUAGUACACACAUUACAUUUCAAAGCUUUCUAUCACUUCAGUUCCAAGAGAGUCAGUGUCCUCCUCUGGCUUCUUUGGUAGUAUGCAUACUUGUGGUGCACACACAUACGAGCAGACGAACACUCA